CAGAAUUAUUUAAAAUAAGAGCAACACCAGCUAUUAUUUUUAUGAAUUCUUAUAUUAAUUUUGUUAACUAUCCAAAAGAAUAUAAUUGGAUUUUGGAAUUAAUCAACCCUCAACCUAGUCCAUUUGUUGAAACAAUAAAUAGAGAUAUUUAUAAAACAUGGAAUGGGGAAUCAUUAAUUAAUUUUAAAUGGGAUAAUUAUGGAAAGUAUUAUUAUGCAAUAAUUUGGAUUGGGUUUAAUGUUUUUCUUGGAUGCUUUACUGCCGCUGCAUCAGUUCCUCAAAUUAAUAGUAAUGAUCAAAGUCAUCUUCUAAUUGCUUCAUUCAUACUUGGACUUAUUCAUCUUAGUUUUGAAGUUCGUCAGUUUAUUUAUAGUCCUAGUAAAUGGAUUGACGAUUAUUGGAACUUUUUUGAUUUAGGAGCUUAUUUAGUUCCUACUUUGACUUCCAUUUGUUUGUUAUGCAGAGUUAAUGUAAAAACUUUUUGGCUUUCAUUUUCAUGUCUCUUGUUAGACCUAAAAUUUUUGUUGUUCUUUAGAGCAUUUGAGUCAUUUGGUGUCUAUUUUGCAAUAAUAGUUGGUGUUACAAAGCAGAUAUUUUAUUUUCUGGUUAUUUUUUUUAUUAUAGUCAUUAGCUUUGCCCAUGCUUUUUUGAUCAUUUUAAGACCAAAACUUGAAUAUUCUUUAGAUCAACCCACAAUUAAUGAUGACCCCAAUAAUCCUUGGAAUUUAAAUACUACUUACAAUAGAGUAGAAAAUGAAACUAUCACACAAGGUGCAUCAUUUGUUCAAGUACCUGAUGAGAAUACUAAUAUGUUUACAGACUAUAAGACUGCACUUUUUGCGGUGUACCUAUUUCUUACAGGUGAUACAAGUGCUUUAACUAAUAAAUGGGAAUAUAAAGAAAAUCCAGCUCUUGUAAUAUACAUCUUAUUAUUUUCUUUCCUAAUUGUUAUAUACCUUAUGAAUUUAUUUAUUGGAUUACUUAAUAUGGCGAUUGAGAAAGAAAACAAUAGAGUUUCAUACUUGGUACAAAAGGCAGAGAUUUUAGCUGAUAUUGAAAUGUUUUAUAUGUUGCCACAUACAAGACGUCGUGAAGAUUGGUUUCCUACUAAUGCAAUAUAUUACUAUGCUGAUAUUGUUAAGACUCGAAAAAUGAUUAAAGAAUUGAUUAGUGAGGGAGAAUGGGAAGCUGGUGAAUUCCAAGAUAUGAAAAAGGAUUUAUUAAAAUUACUCAAUAUUCAACAUGAACCAAAUGAUUAAACUUUUUCUAAUCGGUGUAUUGGUAGUACAAGUGUUUAGUUAUGAGUGGUAGCAAGGAAUAACAAUUUAUUCACUAUCUAUAAGCCAAACACAAAAUGUGAAAUUCUGUAUACUGAAAAGUUUUCAAAAAUUUUUUUUCUUCUUUAGUUAUUUAAAUUAUC